AUGAUCCCUCAAAGAAAGUUUACAUUUUUAGUAAGUUUAUCAGGCCAAGAUUGGGUAAGAGAUCCAGAGAUAACCUGGCUUGACCCAAUUUUAAAAGAUCUGUACAGGGAACACGGUAACAUUGGAAGAAAGGUGCAGAGCUGUGCCCACGAUUGGAGUAUUGAGCAAGUAUGGCGUAAAUUCAAAGAUACUAUAUUCGAGUCAGCCAGAGACGUUUGCGAUCUGUCAAAGAUGAACAAAAAUAUGAAACAAACUGCUUGGUGGACGCCAGAAACUAAACAGCACGUGAAAGAAAAGAAAAAUAAAUGGAAGACGUAUCUACAUAGAAAAACAACAGAAGCAUACGACGAAUAUAAGAUACAAAGGAAUAACCUGAAAAAGUUGAUAAUAGAAGAAAAGAGGAAAUACUGGGAGGGAGAUGGAGCAGAAUAG